UUGAAAUCCAGUGAUCUGAAAAUUAUCUGACAGAAAACUGUUUCAUUAUUAAUUAAGUGAUUUCAAUAUCUUGCUCUUCGCGUUCCAGAAUCCUGACAAUUACUGUUACUUUACCGGAAAAGAAAACCAAUUUUUGGGCCAACAAUAUUAAAUGGAUUCCAAGAAAACUAGCAAGAAAAAAAGUUCAGCAGUUCAUACUACAAAGAAGGAAUAUGUGGAUCGCUCCAGGGCAGAAGAACUAGAAUUUCCCGAAUUUUCAAUUUAUUCCUCCAAUCCCAACACUGUUUUACUUUUAUUGGGGGCUGAUGAAAAUGAAAUCGUUCUCCGAGCAUUGCACCACCUUGACAAAUUUGCCAAGAAAAGCCCGGAGAAUGUGCAAAAGCUUUACGAAUUAAAGAUGAUGGACCAUAUUAUGAAUCAUAAACUUUCUGAACACAACGAUCUGUUUAUAAAGAGAUUUUCACUUAAAUUAAUCGCGGAAAUCUUCCACAACACGGAAGCGAAAUUUGAAGAAGGAGCUACUCACAAAAUUUUGACUUUAGUUCGAAACUAUUACUGCGAGGACAAGGACAAUUUUAUCAUUGAAUAUUCGGCGCUGUCUCUGCUAAAGUUGGCAAGCGAACCGAGGUUGAGUGCAGCCCUAAUAGACGAUAUGGAACUAAUAUCAGAAGGCAUAUAUAAACACAUUUCCAGCACUGCUGAUCCAGACAUACUCUAUAACAGCUAUAAACUGCUAUUCCAAAUAUUUACUGAAGGAAUUUCGUCGGAAAAUAUAUGCGCAAUCGAGAAUGCUCCUUUCGAGCGGAUCCUGAGCGACUUUCGUAACGAAUUUUCCGAAAUUCGGAAAUCCGCCUUGGACAUAAUGGCAGAAUUUGCACUCUGUAAAAAUGAGUUCUUCGUUUCAAGAUUUUGCUGUCGAACAUUUUUCGAAGAUUGGUUCAAAAUUAUUGAAGAUGAGGAGUCUAUUGAUUGUCAUCUAACGGCACUGUUACUUUGCAGGCGUUUGUUAAGGCAUUCACUGAUUGCUCGUUUAUUUUUUCUCCAAUACUUGACACGAUUCCACGUUUUUUGGACAAAUACGGCACUCAUCCAAGAAGGUAUCGAAAUCUGCUACGAGCUCAGCAUGUACCCAGAAUCUUGGCAAUAUCUUUUUGCAACCGGAAUUGUUAAUCAGCUUAGAGAUCACUUGAGUGACACCGAAAAUGCCACGUAUGAACUGUGUGUGGCGCUGGCUAAGCUAAUGAACCAUCCAGAAUCAUUUCUCACAAUUAUGCAACCUGAUACAGUUUCGAACCUGUUGAACAUUAUCAAAACUCCUACCACAGAUUGGACAACAAGAGGAGCUGCUGCGGAAGCCUUGAAUAUCUUAUGCAAACGAAAUCUUGAAGCUUGCGAAACGUCCAUUGCACACAACGUCAGCUCAGUUCUGGCACAAUUUUUGAAAGCAAAAUUUGGCGAAAUUCCAUCUGAAGUUUAUAUCAAUGUUCUCAAUCUUCUCAAUUCGUUAGCCAAAAAUGAGGAAAUUAAAGAGAAAGUUAUGACGAUCGAUUUAGCGCAAGCACUCAUAUUUGCUUCAAAGAAUUCAGCACGCUCAACGGCUCUUGUCACCAACCUCUUCAACACUUUAUCUGUAUUCAGUGAUAAUCGGGAACUUCGCGAUGAACUCCUUGCCAAUGAGUUUUGGAUAACGUCCCUGAAAUAUUUGAGGAGCCCAGCAAUUGCACUAAAAAAUGCCGUUGCCGAAUUUGUGAUGCAUACCGCCAAGUACCGAGAAUUUACCGAUUAUUAUAUAGAUGACGGCAUUUUGGAGCUCUUAUUGAAUGAUGAGCCUUCGCUGAUUUCUUGCUCCAACUGGUCAUCCGCGAUCGAAAGCAUACUUGCAGCUGAUCUCUCCGUGAAGUUCACUAUUCGGGGCAAACUAGACUUCAACGAUAUAACCAACCGUAACUUCUACAUCUCAAAGUACAAUUGGAACGACCUCUCAGCGUUCCGCAACAUGAUCAAUGAAGAAGUUUCCCCACGGCACACACUAUUUCUUGUAAAUUAUGACCACAGAGAAUGCUCGGAAGGAGAUAUUGUCCACGUUCCCAAAUUUACCUUAUGUGCAGAUGGGAUUACUAUACUAUCAGUAGAAGAUUGCACUUACUGUCGAAGGCCAAACGACCCCUAUCUUCCAAAGUACUUAGAAAAGGCCCAGAAUCUCCUGGAGAGCCAUGGUCUUUGUGAUGACCAAACUAAACCUUCAACUAUCGACAUAGGAAAGAUACCAAGCCGCGCCAAAAUCCUCGCCAGUGUCGUUACCGACGAAAUGUGUGGCGUAUAUCCGGAAAAGCAAAAUGAGAAAUAUGCAGAAGAAGCUGUCACGCAGCAUUUAAAUCAACUCAAGUAUAUACUCAAUUGUAAUAUUAUACCCCUUGGGCAGAUUCGUUACGCUGGUACUUUUGAAAGAGCUAUACUUUUCAAAACAUUGGCCGAUAAAACCGGGCUUCCUUGCACCCUGCAACGCAGUGAGGAUGGAAAGACUCUCUGGAAUGAAAUUCCCGUUCCCACUGUAGACGAAUCUACACAGGAUGGCAUUUGUUCAAGUUCUACAGUCUUACCUAAACGCUUGCUAAGGCCAACGCAUCUCGUAGACUUGAUGGAUCAUCCAGGGGAAUUGUACCCUCUAAACAGCCACAAGGCGUAUGAAUAUUUGCGUUUAUUGUAAUUUAUUUGUACGCAUGAG